CUUUCAAAGGACUUCUGUGUAAGCAAGGAGAAGAGGGAGUGAGGGGGAUCUACAAAUAGUGUGCACCGUCACAACACCUCUACAAAAGGAGUUUGUAGAGUUCUGAAGUAGAAGAGCAUCGUGAAUCAGCGGGUGCAAACAUGCCUUUUUGCAAAAAAAUUAUGUUUGUCUUACUUGGCCUUUUGUUCUCUCCGACCUCUGAUGCUGGAAGACAGAUGACUAAACUCUCUACCCGGAAACUCUGUGCAGACUCGGAUUGCAGCUAUGCCAUCCUGAUAGCUCGUGCUACACAAGACUACAACCCAGAAGACUGCAGGUUCAUCUCCAUCAGACAGGGGCAGCUUGUUUAUGUCUAUGCCAUGCUGCAGGACACUGGCAACCUCUUCUGGGCUGGAAGUGUCCAAGAUGGAGAACAGGGAGCUCGUCUUGGUUACUUUCCCAGCACUGUGGUGGAGGAGGUGCAUCCUCUCAUGCCAGCUAACACAGAAGUGAAGACAACUAAAUGGGACUUCUACUGUAACUGAACUGGCAUCCAAAAAGGAAGAGCUCAACUGUUUGGUUAUUUUACUGUUACCAUUACCAAUACCAUUACCAUUACCAUUACCAUUUUAUAUGACACGAUACUACAAGAUCAUACUGAGAGCUAAUUCUUAUUUCAUCACCUUAUACUGUAUCUCUAUGUGCAAACUUUAAUCAUAAUGAUACACAUAUUAACUAUUAUUAUUGAAAUGCAUUUAACACAGUACACUGGUACCGCCGUUGUUGUUAGUAAUUUAGUACAAAAAGUUUGAUAUAAACUGAACCGUAGGAAAAUCAAAGCAGUUUUUCCCCAAAAGAUUAAUGUAAAUCCAAUUAAUACGUUCCAAAUAUUUCCGAAAAUGAAUUUUAUACUUGCAACUUUCUUUGGCCCCAUGGUGGGUUAUUUAGCAGUUACACACAAUAGAAAAGCACGGACUGUGAGUCGGCAACGUUUUGUUGACACUCAAUUUUGCAAAACGAUAAGGACAAACUGACUUGUUUAUGUGCAAUAUUGUAUGAAAAAGGUACAAACUCUGGACAGUAUAUGUUUGCAAACAUACUCAUGCCAACCAGUAUCUGUAUUGUGAAGGAUAUGAACCAACUCCGUAACAUAGUAUUACAUAAUUCUUCAUCAUAAUCUAGUUUGCAUGUAUUUUUGACUCCUGUGUGUAUUUUGGUAUUGAAGAAGAAAGAAAAUAAACACUAUUGUGAGGUUAUUAUUGUACGGUAGCUUUGUCAAAAUAGGACUUUGGUUGAUGUAAACACACAAAAUACAGUCGUUCAUUUUAUAUUUCAACAUUUAUUCUAUGUAUUUUCUGUUAAUAUACACCA